AUGGAACUAUCUUAAAACUAUUAGAAUUAUCAUUAUAUACUAGAGCCUGAUGAUUUUUUAGCUUUAAAAAACGAAACUAGAUGCGCAAUAUGUUUAGAUAUUUUUGAGGAUCCUGUAACAACUUUUUGUUAACAUACUUAUUGUAAAAAAUGCUUAGAAAAUCAUAUUAGAAGUAAUGGAGCUAAAUAAGCAUUUUGUCCACUUUGCAAGAUGCCCGUUGGUAAGAGAAACUACAUUCCUGAUAAAAAGGCUCAAGUUUUAGCAUCAAUAAUCUUAAAUAUAAAGCCGAUUAAGAAAAUACAAAUAACUGAAACACCUAAAAAAGACUUACUUUCAACACGCAAAAGAAAAGCUAGCGAGUUACAUCAACCUUUAAAAUCUUAUGAAAUAUAAUCCAAUUAAAUUCAAAGUAUAUAAAAAAAUGAGAAUAGUACUAUUAGUAGCAGUAAUAACAACUCAAAACCAAAAACAAGAAAGAGGAAUGAUAAAAUAAAUAUUUUAGUUUCAAACAUGCCAGAAGAAUUUUAACAUGAAGUAGAUAAAUUUUGCAAGCUAUAUAAGGCUAAGCAAUUCAAAGAUUAUCAUGAAUAACUCACUCAUUUAGUUGUAUUUCCAAUAGAUUAAAAAGAUGAUAAAAUAAUUGCCAAAAGAACUUUAAAAUACUUAAGCGCUUUAGUGGAGGGAAUAUGGAUUGUAGGAUUUAAUUGGAUAAUACACUCUAAUGGGUACAACGAAUUGAAAGAUGAAGAAGAAUUUGAAGUUUAUGGUGAUCCUUAUGGGAUUAAUACUCCUAGAGAAUCUCGUCUUAGAAACGGAUUGACAGAUCUACUUGAAAACUUAAGAUUUUAUAUAAGUGAAAAGCAAACAAAAAAAGAUUAAUAAAUAACUAAGAAAGAAAUGGUUUAGCUGAUAAAAUUAGCAGGAGGAGUCGUAAUAGAUAAUAAUAGAGAUGAACCAGAAGAAUAUUUCCAUGUAGUAAUAACAUCAGGAGCGUAAAAUAUUGAUAAAAAUAGUUUAAAAUCUCUCAAAUCAUCAAGUAACGAUGGCUAAAUAAUAGUUUCUCAUAAAUGGCUGUUAGAUUCAAUUAGCAAAGGCUAGCUUUUGAAUUACAAAAAUUAUACCUGA